UCACAUUAAUUUCAAUGAGAAAGAAUGUCCAAACCUCUGACUUGUACUGCAUUUAAUAUCCUUUAAUCAUUUGAGAUAAGUACUUAAACUCAGAAGGAAGUUGUAUAGGUCAAGAGAAAGAAAAACAGAUACAAGCGUAUGCAGGUUCUAAUUGUAGGACCAAAGACCUGAAAACUAAUACAAUUAAGCCUAAAAGCCUUGAUAUGACAGCCAAAUAACUCGUUUGCCUUUGUCAGAUGGUCACACUAUAAAAAAGACAAAUGUUGUUUUCUACAUCUUUCGUUCAAUUAGUCUCUAUUCUGCCACCUUGAUAUGUUAUGCUUUUAACCACAAAGGUACGCCCCCACAUUACCUGCCCUAUUGGAAACACCUGCUGUGUUCAGGUGUUUGAUUAGGUGUAAUCAGGACCAGACUUUAACAACUCAGGCUUUAACACCAGCAGAGUGGAGGAGAGUUCAGCAUUUGAGGUGAUCGGCACAUACAGUGCUUCUUCUCUGUUCCAAUGGCAUGUAGCGAGAGCGGAAGCAGUAAGAUUUUACUAUGUUUAACACUUUUAGUCGUUUUCGGUUCACUUUGCCAUUGUGCUCGACUUACAACGCUCAAGGCAUUGGCUAAGUUAAGAGGAAACUCAACACGUGUCAUAAGUCAAUCUAAAGGAAGGGAUGUGCGCCACGGAAGACUCCUAAUAGGACAAAGUUCUAUGCAAGAUGACCAACUGGGACGAUCUAAGGCCACAAAUGCCUUCCUUGAUGUUGAUUAUCAACAGGACAUGGGCUGGGGUGAGCCCAUACUACUUCAAGAAAGGGGAGAUGGCGUUUCAAGGCCGACUUCAAAGCCAGAGCGUGAAGUGGUUGAUCGUCUCCUUAAAAUGGAUCCAAGGGUUGAAUGUAUGGGAGACUCCAUGAAGCUUCAAAUCCAGUACACGGAUUCUACCCCUGGAUCGCUGAUCUUUGUGGACAGGGGAAGUCUCCUUUCUCCUCUGCCACUGUCCAAGUUGCCCCCGAGUUGCGGUUACAAAAUCCGGUCUACACAUCGUGAUCUGGUGUUGGUUGCACCUUAUGAUGGCUGCUUUGUCGCUCUUGAGGAGGAUUGCUAUGUUCUUCCAUUGCGUUGGUCUGGGUUACCAGUGAGGAUGUCAUGCCCUUUGAGGCAGUCUUCACCUAACCCUCCAAUGGUGGCAUGCCAUCCUCAGGGCAUGGUUGUGAAAACUGGUUGGACCGUAUCUGUUGAAAACAUUAACGUCAAUUUGAUUGGUGACUGGGAGCCGCUGAUGACUGCUUCAUCCAGAUGUGGGUUCAGUAUAGUUGUACAUUCUGAGGGUGUGGUCAUCUCUGCCCGCUAUGCACCCUGCCUAGAGAAAAAGAAUGGAAUGUACACGCUUGAAUUGGCUGGUGAACAAGAAAUCAGAAUUUCCUGUCCAUCACUUUUCCCGCUUCAAACUGGACAAACCUCAUCUGAUGGAGAACUGCGAACUGAAACCCCAAUCCGCCAGGUGUAUCCCUCCCCCCCAUCUCUGUUAACGUAUAUACAAUCUAAUGUUCCCCAGGGGACCGGUUCUGUAGAUCAAGCCUCUAUCAAGCCUCCAGUCACCCAACAGCCCACUGGUCAACUGCUUUACCCUUAUCCAUUCUAUGUAAAAAUGCCAUAUGGUCCCCCUCUUACACCCACUUCAGAAAAGACAACGCAUCAGAUUUCCCCUACAAUGUCUCCCACAAUACCUACUCCAAAGAACGAAGUGCCGUUAAAGCUUUACGCUCCUUCUGGCCCAGUAGCACACCCCCUUUAUCCUUUCUAUCCGCCAACUGAUGCUCUGUGGCCUCCACAGCCCAACACUCCUCCUAGCCCAGUAGGGCCACCGUUCUACCCCUUCUUUGCAAAACCAACUGCUGCUCCAUGGCUUUCACAGCCCGAAGCUUCUACGGGCCACAUAGGUCAGCCGUUCUAUCCCUUCUAUCUGCCAACUGCUGCUCCAUGGCCUUCACAGCCAGAAGCCCCCACUAGCCCAGCAGAGCAGCCCCUCGAUCCCUUGUACCCAAAGCCAACUGCAGCUCCAUGGCUUCCACAGCCCGAAGCCCCUCCUGGCCCAGAACUGCAGCCUCUCUAUCCCCUCUACGCAAAGCCAACUACAUCUCCAAGGCCUUCACAGCCAGAAUCCCCUCCUGACUUAGUAGAGCCACCCCUCUAUCCCUUCUACCAAAGGCCAACUGCUGCUCCAUGGCCUCCACAGCCCGAAGCCCCUCCUGGCCCAGUAGAGCAGCCCUUCUCUCCCGUAUACCAUAAUCACACUGGUGCUCCAUGGCCUCCACAGCCUGAAGGCCCUCCUGGCCCAGUACAGCAGCCUCUCUAUCCCUUCUACGCAAAACCAACUACUUCUCCAAGGCCUUCACAGCCAGAAUCCCCUCCUGACUUCGUAGAGCCACCCCUCCAUCCCUUCUACCCAAGGCCAACUGCUGCUCCAUGGCCUCCACAGCCCGAAACCUCUCCUGGCCCAGUAGAGCAGCCCCACGAUUCCUUCUACCCAAAGCCAAUUACUGCUCCAUGGCUUCCACAGCCCGAAGGCCCUCCUGGCCCAGUACAGCAGCGCCUCUAUCCCUUCUAUACAAAGCCAACUACUUCUCCAAGGCUUUCACAGCCAGAAGCCCCUCCAGACUUGGUAGAGCCACCCCUCUAUCCCUUCUACCCAAGGCCAACGGCUGCUCCAUGGCCCCCACACCCCGAAGCCCCUCCGGGCUUAGAGCAGCCCUUCUACCCAAGGCCCCCACAGCCCGAAACCUCUCUGGGUCCAGUAGAGCAGCCCUUCUAUCCCGUAUACCAUAAUCACACUGGUGCUCCAUGGUCUCCACAGCCCGAAGGCCCUCCUGGCCCAGUACAGCAGUCUCACUAUCCCUUCUACGCAUAUCAAACUACUUCUCCAAGGCCUUCGCAACCAGAAGCCCCUCCAGGCUUAGUAGAGCAGCCCCACUAUCCCUUCUACCCAAGGCCAACGUCUGCUCCAUGGCCCCCACACGCCGAAGCCCCUCCGGACUUAGAGCAGCCCCUCUAUCCCUUCUACCCAAGGCCUCCACAGCCCAAUACUUCUCCGGGCCCAGUAGAACAGCCCUUCUAUCCCGUAUACCAGAAGCCCACCGGUGCGCCUUGGCUUCCACAGCCUGAAGCCCCCCCAGCCAUGGUAGAGAAGCCUCUCUAUCCAGUCUACACGGGGCCAACUACCGCUCCAAUGACUCCACAGCCCAACGCUCCGAUGGACCCAGAACGGCAGCCCCUCUCUCCCGUUUAUGCUCUGCCAACUGCUGCACCCAAUAUGCCACAACCAGAAGCCCCGUACGGCCAGGUAAAGCCGCCCCUAUAUCACUUUCCCUUCUAUUUGCCUAAGCCUAGCAGCAUAGACUCCCAAAACCCCUUACCUGUUUACUGCCCUCAGUUUUGCCAAUCAGUUUCCUUGAAUUGCUGUCCCCAAAUUGCAUUUCAUCACCAUGUACAUCAAAUUAUCCCGUUUGGACUUGAUGCUCAAGAUUCACCUUCACUUAAUAAAGGACCACAAUCUCAACCUUCAGGUGCAUAUUCUGGGUUUGGCAAUGACUUGCUUUCUAUUCCCCGUCAAAAGCCAACUGAUUCAAGGACGAGGCAAGCUACCGAAACUUCUACCCCUGUACCCAUUACAAUUCCAUCCCUUCAAUCUGGAAAUGCAAAGACACAUCUUCUGCCACCAGAUGGCAACCUUGCUGCACCACAUUAUAUUUCUAGCAAGCCUGCAAAUCCUGAAAGGACAAUUUUCCCCUAUGAUGAGCCAAGGUAUCUUUAUCCAAGUUGGUCAUAUCUACAACAGAGCAAGGAGCUGCAGAGUUUAACGCAAAGCCCAUCACCAGCUUCCUACACUGUAUCCACGAUGCCACAGGAUCAACGUUAUAAACAAGAAAAUCCAGUGCUGCAAUAUGAAUCACAUAAUGUACAGCCCCAAAAGCAGCUGAACUUAGAACUUUUCAGUUGGGAUAUGAAUAAUCCAUCUGGAUCUUCCAACGGGCAGUAUGGUCAACAGAAGCCAAUAGUAAAGCACCAAAUGCUUCAAGAUGAUGAAUCUCAAAUAAAUGACAAAUAUACGUCCCCCAACAACAUAUCUGGACUACAAACAUUAUUGAGGGGCUCAAGAAAAUCCAAUAAUCAUGGAUCAACUUUACACUCGUCCGCUGAUCCAAAGAGUUAUGUACUGCUGCAGCAUGGCCCACCGGCUGGGCAGCCGAACGGUGACAUUGACUCUCCUCUGACUUCUGGUGACCUGGUUCACGAUGCAAACUUAAGGGCACAACUUUCAAGGCAUCAUGGUAAAAAACCUGAACGUCUUCAGAAUUUAAAAACCCCACAGGAAAAAUCCAAACGUCCCAAAUUGCUGGGCUAAUCCCUCACUUGACAUCUACAUGCCUUGGCAUGGCGAUGAAAUUGGGAUAAACAUUAGUUAUCUCUUUGGCCUCAGGAACCUUAAUUCCUUGCGUCAUUCAGAUUCUUGUAGAUAAUGACUUUUAGACUCUAUCCAGAGAUUCCACUCAAUGUUCCAGGAAAUAAAUUUCAACAAAAGUACUGACCAACAAGCUGACAUGUUCAAAUUAUGAGUGUUUUAAGCAAGUCUCCAGGACUAUGUCUCUUGCAGGACUGAAACGAGUGUUUUGUGGGGAACUGAAAAGCAGAAAUGUGAUCUUCUAAAUAAAACAUUUCAAAACAACUAAGGACUU